AUGGCUCUGCCAGCUACUCUCAAGCGUGCUUUCUUCCUCGCCGUGGUGGCGUUGUCUGCCCUAGUCGUCGUCAAUGCGACCCAGGCCAUGCAGCGCCCGGACGCGUUCAAGGACGCGCCGCGCAAAUUCGCGACGAGCGAGGUGAAACCGCAGGUCAUCCACAAGCGCGCGGGGUCCAAGGUGCAGGCUGCGUACUUCACCAACUGGGGUAUCUACGGCGCCAACUUCCAGCCGACCGACAUCAUUCCUUCUACCUUGACGCACAUCGUAUAUGCGUUCGCCGACGUUUCCCCGGAUACGGGGAGCAUCUCCCUGACGGAUUCGUAUGCGGAUGAGCAGAAACAUUUCCCCGGAGACUCGUGGGACGAAACUGGCAACAACCUCUACGGAUGCCUCAAGCAGAUGUAUCUGUUGAAGCUCAAGAAUAGGAACCUGAAGGUCCUCCUCUCUAUCGGCGGGUGGACGUACUCGCAGUCCGGACACUUCAACUUCGUGACGGACGCGACCAAGCGCGCGACGUUCGUCACCAGCGCCGUCAGCAUGAUCGAGAACUACGGCUUCGACGGUAUCGACAUCGAUUUCGAGUAUCCGACCUCGGACCCGCUCGCGUCUGGCUUCGCAUCCCUGCUCACGUCGCUGCGCACCGCGUUCGAUAACCUGCAGAAGCAGAAGGGCGAUAGCGUUCCUUAUCAGCUGACGGCUGCCGUUCCUGCCGGUUCCGACAACUAUGCCUUCCUCAGGGUCCCGGCGAUGAACGCUGCACUGAGCUACUGGAACCUUAUGGCCUACGACUACGCUGGCUCUUGGUUGACCUUUGCUGACAACCAAGCCAACUUGUACGGCGGUGUGCGCACGAACGUCUCUACCGACAAGGCCGUCAAAUGGUACAUCGCAAACGGCGCCUCUGCGAACAAGAUCAACAUGGGCAUUCCCCUGUACGGCCGUGCCUUCGAGAAGACGACAGGCAUCGGUGCUGCUUACACCGGCAUCGGCCCUGGGACUACUGAGGCUGGCAUCUACUCCUACACGGCUCUCCCUCUGGCUGGUGCUCAGGUCUUCGAAAACCUGACGGACGUGACGAGCUACUCCUUCGACUCGUCCAAGGGCGAGCUUGUUUCCUACGACACUCCUCAUAUUGCGACGAUCAAAGCGCAGUAUGUCCAGACUAACGGCCUCGCUGGAUCGAUGUUCUGGGAUCUCUCCACCGACAAGGUUGGCUCGGACUCCCUCGUAGGCACGACGGCUGGCGUUUACGGUAGCCUUGAUCAGACCCAGAACCACAUCAACUUCCCCAACAGCGAGUGGGACAACAUCCGCAACAACAUGGGCUCUUCCCCCAGUGCCCCGAGCUCGACCGCCCCUGCGGGCUCUCCAACCACCACUAGCGCCGCCUCGGCGCCCACCGGCGGCUCUGGCCAAUGCGCUUCCGUCCCGGCCUGGAGCUCUGGGGCGAUCUUUACCGGUGGCCAGCAGGCUUCCUACCAGGGCCAUCUCUGGACCGCUAAGUGGUGGACUGAGGGUGACACCCCUGGCGGCGCGGCUGGUGUGUGGACGGACAACGGCGCAUGCUAG